ACUUUGUAUGGGAGAAGUAAAAUACCUAUUUGGGCAGUUAUUGCCACUGUCAAGACAUAAACAUUCAUGCUUAAAUAAAUUUUCUAAUAGCAACAUUGUCCUAGAACCUAGAAAACCAACAUGGCGAUUUUACAUCAAGGUUGGUGUUGUCGCCUGUCGGUGUUGUUGUGGAAAAUUUUGUCUUUUCAUGCUAUUUCGUCAUUUUCCCAAACUACAAACGUCGAGUUGAGUUUUUAUUCCUCCGUUUAUGUUUUGUGCUUGUUUUGAGAUAGUGACUAGUGCUUCACAGUGAAUACGAGAAAGUGACUCUUGAAAUCUGUGAAAAUGUCGGCCGCUAAAGAAAACCAUAAAGAAGACAGUCGCAAGUGUUCGAAGUGUGGCAAAUCCACGGCAAAGGAAAACGUUUCUUUGUUUCGUUUUCCAAAUCCCGGAGUUCGGAAUCUUUUGCGCUGCACCCUGUGGGCAAAAUACCUUUUUCCCUCGGAUGAACAGCACACUUCAAUAGCUUUUCAAAAAAAGCUGUAUGCUGAGCACAGGAUGCUGUGUCAAAAUCACUUCCACAAAGGUGAUUUUACUGAUGGCACUAAAAAAUCAUUGCUAAGAACUGCAGUUCCGCAUGAGAUUGGACCUGUAUUCAUUCCUACACUUACAUUGCCCGAGAAUCUGCAGCUAGGCCCUUCACACAUACCUCAAGAACCUCAAGCAGGGCCAUCAAAAAGAAUCCCUUUGAAGGAGAUUGGAAAUUUCCAAUCAACAACAGAUGUUCUUGAAUCUGAGAAAAUUGACAAAGAAAGCAAGACUUAUAAAAAAUGCUUGAAAUAUAUGCGCAGUGUUUGCCAACUGCGGAAUCGAAUAAAGAACAUGAAAGUCAAACUGCAAUUAAAUGCCCUCACAGAAAGCAACUCCUUACGAAAACUUUCUGAGAAAAUCUCACCUACAUUCGCUCUUUUGCUCCAAGGGCAAUUAAGAAAUUAUAAUAAAAAAUUCACUGGAAGGAGAUGGACAAAGGAGGAAAAAAUUGUAGCCUUGAGGCUAUUUAAAAGGUCACCAACUUGUUACCGCUUGUUGAGGAGAUUAUUUUAUUUACCAUCUCCAGGCACCCUAAAGGCUUUGCUGAACAGAGUGCCUUUUGCUGUAGGUAUUACCCAGCCAGUACUGGAAGUAAUCCAACAAUUUUUAAAAACACAGCAGCGAUCGGACAAUAAUUAUAUUCUUAUGUUCGAUGAAAUAUCAUUAAAAAAACAUUUUGAUUAUAACCCAAAAGAAGAUGUCAUUGAUGGAUACCAAGAUCAUGGGGCACAAGGAAGGUCCCCCAAUGUGGCAUCCUAUGCCCUAGUUUUUAUGGUUGCUGGCAUAAGGAAAACUGUAAAACAACCGAUCGCACAUUUCUUCUCAAGUGGCUUUUCCACAGCGGACAGGCUUGCAGUGCUUUUGAAAGAGAUCUUACAGCAAUGUUUUGCAUCAGGCAUUAAUAUAUCUGCCACUGUCUGUGACAUGGAUGGUGUAAACAGACGAGCACUGUCAAUCUUGGGUGCAACUGUGGAGCGCCCAUACAUAACAGUGCAUAACAAAGAGAUAGUGACAUUAUUUGACACACCACAUCUUGUCAAAUGCUUUAGAAAUCUUUUUAUAAAAUAUGACAUUGAGUGCAUUACUAACAUUUCAUCUGAAGACAAGAAAGGAAAAGGUGUAGCCAAAUGGUCACACAUAAAAGAUUUCUUUGAAAUCGACAACAAAAAUCCAAAUUUUGUGUUUGCUCCUGCUUUGACAAAGGAUCACCUAAACCCAAAUGCAAAACAAAAAAUGCGCGUCAAACUAGCUGCACAAGUUUUGAGCCACACAGUGGCAGCAGGACUUUAUGCAAAGAUAGCUGAUGGCGCGCUCAGUACAGAAGCUGCUGUUACUGCAAAUGUGAUAACACAUAUGGACAAGCUUUUUGACGCGCUGAAUAGCGACUCAGCAGACUUGCGGCGAGGAAAAAUUUUCUCCACAAACAUGACAGCAAAAAGCCCACACUACAAAUUAUUUCAGAAUAUGAAAUAUUUUUUCAAAACAUUGAAAUUUAUGGGGUCUUUGCGAACACCCCCAUCACAGGAAGGUUGGAUUUGGACCAUUAAUGGCAUCGAGCGCCUGUUUAAGCAAUUCGCUAACGAGGGUAUAAAGAGCCUGGCCACAAGACGGUUACAGCAAGAUCCAUUAGAAAAUUUGUUUGGCUGCAUAAGGGGCAACUGUGGCUCAAAUUCCAACCCAACUGUGGGCCAGUUUGUGGCCGGCUUAAAAACAUCAAUUUUGAGCAGACUGGCACAUAUUGGGACCACAGGAUAUAAUUGUGAAACUGACAAUAAUGUCGUAAUGAAUAACUAUGAGACAUUAUUGUCAGUUUCACAACCCAGGAAUUGUGCAGACAUAUUGGCAUCAGAGUGCAGUGCAUUUGCAUUGUCGUCUUCAGUAGUACCACAAAAUAUUGAAGAGGACAAUGCAGAAAUGCAAGCAUGCGCAUAUGUCUGCGGAUUUUUAAUUAAAAAAAUAUGCAGUGUUAAUAAUUGUGAGACAUGCAAGCAUAUUUUUGUAUCCUCAAAUGUGGAAACAGUCCACACAUUUGUGGAAUAUAAAGAAUACAAUGAGUUAAAAAAAAGUUUGCACUAUGCAAAUAAAUCUAUUAUAUCAUGUGUUGAAAAGUGUGCAACAUUAAUAAAUUCAUUUUUUAAAGAAAAUAGUCACCAACGUCAUUUAAAAACAAUUGCAAAGGAAAUGGUGCUUCAAAAUGUAAAUUUUGAUUGCAUAAAAAAAUGCGAAGAACAUGGCACACAAAAUAUUCACCACAUCAUGGAAAGUGUUUUCUCUAUAUGUGUGAAAAGAUUUUGUCUACUAAAAAACAGAUUGUUUGCAGAUGAAGCAUCAGCAUCUGCGCUCAAACGCAAGAUGAAGAUAAUUAUGCAUAAAUAAUUAUUAUUUGUGAUGAAUAUAUCCAUGAUGUGGUGAAUAUUCUGUGUGCCAUGUUCUGUUUUUAAAUGACAUUUGUGACUAUUUUCUUUAAAAAAUUAAUUUAUUAAUGUCGCACACUUUUCAACACAUGAUAUAAUGGAUUUAUUUGCAUAGUGCAAACUUUUUUAACUCAUUGUAUUCUUUAUAUUCCACAAAUGUGUGGACUGUUUCCACAUUUGUGGAUACAAAAAUAUGCUUGCAUGUCUCACAAUUAUUAACACUGCAUAUUUUUUAUUUGCCAAUAUGUCUGCACAAUUCCUGGGUUGUGAAACUGACAAUAAUGUCUCAUAGUUAUUCAUCUUGCUAUAACCGUCUUGUGGCCAGGCUCUUUAUUAUUAAUAGCGAAUUGCUUAAACAGCCGCUCGACGCCAUUAAUGGUCCAAAUCCAACCUUCCUGUGAUGGAGGUGUUCGCAAAGACCCCAUAAAUUUCAAUGUUUUCAAAAAAUAUUUCAUAUUCUGAAAUAAUUUGUAGUGUGGGCUUUUCACAAGCUUUUUUUUUUAGGCAAGAUGAAGAUAAUUAUGCAUAAUUAUCUUUAUUAUUCCAAGUUUCAGUGUAUAUCCUGAUGCUUCUCAUUGUAAAUACCGUUUCUUAAGUGUUUUCGUGGUACCAUUUUUUUUAAAGUGGUUUAUGUAAAUUAUUCAUUUGUAGAGAAGAAACUUUUCAUUUGAAUUACCUAGGUAAUUCGACCACGACUACGAACAUUACAAAAUUAUGUUGAUUUCGUGUCCAAAUAAUAAUAAGGAUCCAUAAAAGUGAAAUAAAUAAUAAUUCAAUGAGAAAACGUUUUUGUUUUAUUUCAAGAUC